UUGCUACCUGUCCAGUUGCUCCUUCUGGGAGAGAAGAAUGAGAAAAAUAGGUAAAAGAGAUGAAAAAACUGAUAUGCAAGAAACGAGAAAGAGGGGGACGCUAAAUUUAUUGCACAGGAGGUGGGAACAAAUGGAUCUGUUGGUGGAAAUGUGUGGUCUGUGGUGGUCAACUUUUGGUGGUUCCAACAAGACGGGUAGACGAACGCCUGUGCCUGUGUAUAAAUGCAAACUUUGUUGACAAGUAGAAAGGAAAGAGUGGCUUCUUCCCGACGUCUUGUAGAAGAGAGGAAGAGAAAAAGUGCCAAAAAAAUGGUAUGGUUUUUGGGCUUCAAAGGACCUUCUGGGUUCUCUGCGCGCUCUACAGCAGAGGAGGUGACGCAAGGAGUGGAUGGGAGCAGCCUUGUUGCCAUUGUCACAGGUGCAUCAAGUGGAAUUGGCACUGAGACAGCCCGAGUACUUGCAUUGAGGGGUGUUCAUGUAUUUAUGGCAGUCAGGAACGUGGAUGCUGGUAAAAAUGUGAAAGAUGCUAUCAUCAAGGAUAACCCGACUGCUAAAGUUGAUGUCAUGGAGCUAGACCUUACCUCCAAGUCAUCAGUGAGGAAAUUUGCAUCAGACUACAAGUCCUUAAAUCUUCCACUGAACAUUCUCAUUAACAAUGCAGGAGUAAUGGCGACCCCAUAUCUUCUCUCUGAAGAUGGAAUUGAGCUUCAGUUUGCCACAAAUCAUAUAGGUCAUUUUCUUUUGACAGACCUUUUAUUGGAGAAAAUGAAAACGACAGCUCAUAAAAGUAAGGUUGAGGGAAGAAUUGUCAAUGUAUCCUCUGAGGCACACAAAUUGACAUAUAAGGAGGGGAUCCUGUUUGAUAAACUCAAUGAUCAAUCAAGGUAUGGUAGCUGGGCUGCAUAUGGACAGUCAAAGCUUGCCAAUAUACUGCAUGCUGCUGAGCUUUCUCGGCAUCUCAAGGAAGAGGGGGCAAAUAUAACUGCUAAUUCUCUACAUCCAGGAGUAAUCGCCACUAACCUUCUUCGUCAUCAUGGUCUCUUCAGCAGCAUUGCUCAAGUGAUCAACAGAUUUACCAUGAAAAGUGUGCAACAGGGGGCAGCAACAACAUGUUAUGUUGCAUUGAAUCCUCAAAUGCAAGGCGUAACGGGCAAGUACUUCGCUGAUAGCAAUGAAGCAGAGUCAAGUAUGCUUGCCAAAGACACAGAGCUGGCAAAGAAACUCUGGGAGUUCAGUAUGGAGUUGAUCCAGUGAACUUUCUUCUAUGCUGGAUUAUGCAUGCUAUCCAAAGACAUGAUUCCAACUUUUUGAUAACUAGCUCUCUUGUCCACUUGCAAACACACACACACACACACACACACACACACACACAGAGAGAGAGAGAGAGAGAGAGAUGCAGAAAUAAUGUCUUUCUUCACUUUGUUUGCCAUAUUGAAAGACACAAGUAUGCUCGACUUUGUGAACUCGGCAUUUUGGAACGUAGCUUGCUACCAGUUUAUUUA